GGAGUAACUAUACACCUGGCCAUCGCGCGUGCGCCUCAAGGGAGACGAACAGGGACGUGGAAGGAGGGGGAACAACUGAUGAGGGGAUGAUGCAGGUGGAGCUGAAAGAGCGGGGGAUGGACGACCAGAGUACUUACGUCAACAGUGCAUCGACGAUCGCGCAAUCACCGAGCGAGUGUGCCCAGAUCUCCUCCUCGCGCGUCCAUGAACGGAUGCUUCUUCACCGCACGGAGCGCCCCCGAAUCCGACGGGCGCCCCGUGCGCCUGCCAGUCAGGCGGGAGGCUCCGUUCUGAAGAAGAAGAAGAAGAAGAACCGCCACUCGACGAAUGAGCGAGGAGGAAGGAAUGUGGAGCAAAGAG